AUGGCACUCUCAGGUCUCAUCAGACCAAUCAAGAGUCGCGCGGUGCACUUGCGUCUGCAUCCGCGUGUAGAGACACUGGCUGAGAGUCGUGAAAUCCUCAAGCUGAUGCAACGAUAUGGACGAGUCGAAAUGUUUCGCAACUUCAAGUACGACGCCCUUCCCGUGGCCAAUACCAUGAUUGCCAUCUUUGAAACGGACGAGGCGGCGCAAAAACUCCUCGAGGAAUCACCAUUGCGCUUUGUNCGCGAAGGCUCGGGAGACGGGCGACAGAGGCACUACCAGCUCCAGGCAAACACCUCGACCUUUCACCACCGCGAUCAAAUUGAUCAGACCGUCUACAAUGGCUCCUACAAAGUCNNGACUAGAUGCCUCGUCCAAGAAGAUUUGGUCAAAAAUGUCCCCAUGCUAGGCUUGAGCGAGUUUACCCUGCAAAAGGAGGAAAAGCCAUGGAGAGUGUUGCGCUGGGAAAAACAAAGAGAAGACAAUACAAAGACCUUGAGGCAGCUCCUCGAGGAAGGGCCUGCUUCCAACAACAAGUCCACCACAACGACUGAAGCGCAACAAAAAGUCAAUUGA